UCGCGCUUCGCCAAGUGGCUGCGCAAGACCAAGCGGAAGGCCAUGCUCGCCGCGCUCGAGAAGGUCCGCGAAGCCAGAUUAAUUUCUGCAACUGCAAUCGGGAAACUUCCUGCUGCGGCAGCAGCCGCCGCCUGCGAGCUGUUCGGCCGUCUGCCUCACCCGGAGAAAACUGUGUCUGCCCGCAGAGCUGAUGCUGCUUGGCGUCAUCUCGCUGUUGCUGAGCCAGACGUCGCACUUCAUAUCCGAGAUCUGCGUGCCCUCCUCGCUCUUCACCAGCCGCUUCUACAUGUGCUCGGAGACCGACUACAAGGACCUUCUGCAGAACGCGGGCGCGAACCAGACGGCUCUGGAGAAGACCAUGUUUGGCAGCCAGUCGAUGCACGUCUGCAGCGAGGGCCAUGAGCCUUUCGUUUCGUACGAGGGCCUCGAACAGCUGCAUCGGUUUUUGUUCAUCCUUGGUAUCACUCAUGUAGUGUACAGUUUUGUAACGGUGGUUCUGUCCAUGAUCAAGAUAUAUAGCUGGAGGAAAUGGGAGACGCUAGCAGGUCCGAUCGCUGCUGAGGAGAUGAAAGCUAGGAGAAACAGGGUGAUGCGAAGGCAGUCUACCUUUGUUUUUCACCAUGCUUCUCAUCCAUGGAGCAAAAACAAAAUACUUAUUUGGAUGUUGUGCUUUCUGCGUCAGUUCAAGGGUUCCAUCAAAAGGUCAGACUAUUUGGCACUGAGGUUGGGCUUUGUCACAUAUCACAAGCUACCACAUUCAUAUGACUUCCACAAAUACAUGGUACGGAGCAUGGAAGAUGAUUAUAAUGGGUCUAUUGGUAUCAGUUGGCCACUUUGGGCUUUUGCGAUCGUAUGCAUAUUGGUCAAUGUUCAUGGUAUCAACAUAUAUUUCUGGUUAUCCUUUCUUCCUUUAAUUCUGGUCCUUCUAGUUGGUACUGAACUUCAGCACGUCAUCGCUCAGUUGGCUCUGGAAGUUGCAGAGGCAACAGCGCCUUAUGUGGGCACACAACUCAAACUGCGUGAUGAUCUCUUUUGGUUUGGAAAACCUCGGGUCCUCUGGUGGCUCAUACAGUUCAUUUCAUUUCAGAAUGCGUUUGAGCUGGCAACAUUCUUAUGGUCUCUGUGGGAAUUGAGUGCUCAAACGUGCUUCAUGAAGCACUACUACAUGAUUGUCAUCCGCUUGAUUUCUGGGCUGCUAGUUCAAUUUUGGUGCAGCUACAGCACACUGCCCCUUAACGUGAUUAUCUCUCAGAUGGGGUCCAAGUUCAAGAAGUCGCUGGUCUCGGAGAACGUGCGGGAGUCGCUCCACAGCUGGUGCAAGAGGGUCAAGGACCGGAACCGGCACAGCUCGUCGCUCUUCUCGCGGAACGGGACGGUCACGGCGAGGUCCAUGUGCUCCCUCGACACCACCUACGAGACCGACCACGAGACCAACACGGUGUGCACGCUGUCGAGGACGGCGUCGGCGACGUCGCUGGACGACCAGCUCACCGUCGGCACCGUAGACGACGACGACGAGCCGUCCGGCAUCGAGAAAGAUGUCUGAGUGACUUGUUGCUGAUCUGAUCUGGUAACCCCCUAACUGCUCGACUGAGCUGUACCUGUGUAAUAGGAGGUCCUGAUUCAGUGAUUCGCGAAGAGAGAGAGCACAAUCGGGCCUGGGCGGUCAACUUGUAUGAUGAAAACAGUGCGCGAUCGCCUUUCAAACUGUUCAAAACCAAA